CUCCCGCUUAUUAAGCAGGUACUCUGACCAAUUAAGCUACAAGAACUAUAUAUUAAAUAUUUAUUUUAUUAUAUAUUUCAUGAUCACAUUGCUUAAUUACAGUCUCAUAAAAUCAUACACAUACCAUGAUUUCCAACAUUUCAAAAAAAUUACAGGGCUCAUCACCACAUUAUUCACCUGAGUGUAGGAAAAAGCACGAAAUCAUAUAUGUUCAAUCUCUAUAACAGGCAAUGAAAAAUAUUAAAGCAAUAAUAAUAUUGUGACGAACCUUGUUUCGUUACUCGAACUCUAGAGAACAACAAUUGUGCUUAAUUUGGUAUAGCUUUGUUCUUUACGCACUCGCGUUUCUAGCGUGUGUAUAUAUAUAUAUAUAUAUAUAUAUUAUAAAUCCACCUUAUAAUAGUUGUUUUAAUCAUGUAAUCAUGUAAAACCUAUCAUAAUUGUUAGUUCUAAUACAACAGACAAGAAAAAUGAUGAAUUUGGAUGAGAAUCAAUCAAACUUUACUUGGAUAUUAAAGGUUUAGGGUUUAUGAGUUUAGGUCUAGAAUUUAAAAUUUAGAAUUUAGGACUUUUGAACUACGCAUGAAAUCGGUUGUUGUUCUACUGUAUUAUAUCUUCAUAUCAGACCACCUAAUUAAAUAUCACUUCUCAAUCAUUCAUAUCAAUAUUAUUGUUCUCUAGUAUGAUUUGUAAUUGAACUGGGAUGGAUACAAUUACAAUAUCACCCACAAAACACAGAAAAUUACCCAACAACAAGCAUAGUUGAGUUGCAGCAAAAUAGCAACUUAUUAUUAGUUAACCUACUGCCUACACCUUUUGUUGUGAGAGAUUGGAGAUUUGAGAUAUCUUUAGGGAUCGUUUGGAUGAGGAAUUCUAAUGGAUCAAUCUGAUACAAUUGUCUCGUUUUGAGUCAAUUGUGUUAGAUUGAUCCGUUUGGCAGCAGAAAAUUUGGAUGAAGCAAUUUGGGCUGGGGAAUUCUGAAUUGACUCAUUUUGAGGGAGUGGGGGCAGGUAAUCUGAAUUGACUCGUUUUAAAUGGCUCAUUUUGUAAAAUGAAACAAUUGAUCAAAUUGUCUCGUUUUACAAUUGAUCCAUCCAAACGACCCCUAAAUUAGAUCGGACAAUCGACCUCUGUUUCGUUGAAGUUUCAGGGGCUCAAGUCAACUGCGCAAGUCAUUGUUUAGGGUAGGUAGUCAAGGUCUCUGAAACCUUUGCUCUCUUUCAUCCUUCACAAGUUUUCUGGGAUUCACACACCUACAUCUCCAAUCUCCAUCGAUCGAUUAAGAAAGACAGGGAGAAAGAGUUAAUUGAGCAAUGGAGCGGAACUGGCCUUCGUUUCUGGCAGUGGCCGGACUUUCCCUAGCUGCAUUUUCCGUGAUUUCCCGGCGCCAGAAGAAGAGCUCCACCUCUCACCAACCCUCCACCGACUCCGACUCCGACUGCGCCUCCUCCUCUACUUCUGAUUCUUCUACGCGGGCUCUUCCAGCCGGAAAUUACGAGGUUUUCCUGAGCUUCAGAGGCCCCGACGUGCGAACAACUUUUGCCGAUUCUCUCUACCACUUCCUGGCCCAUUCCAAGAUUCGCGCCUUCUACGAUGACGAACAGCUCCGAAAGGGCGAGGAGAUUGCUCCGUCCCUCGUCCAGGCUAUUCACGAAUCUAAAAUCUACAUCCCAAUCCUUUCCCAAGGCUAUGCUUCCAGUAAAUGGUGCCUCGAAGAGCUCUCUCUCAUGGUCAAAUCCUUGAAUCAAAACCAAGGCCACAUCUUGCUGCCCAUUUUCUACUUCAUGGAGCCUAGGGAUGUUCGGCACCAAGAGGGUUCUUAUAGUCGCGCAUUUCGACAGCACAGUCGGAAGUAUGAUGCAGAGACAGUCAAGGAAUGGAAGGAAGCUCUCCGAGUGGUCGGCCAAAUGAAAGGAUGGCGUGUCACUGAAUCCGACGGACAAGGAGCAGUGAUAGAUAAGGUUUUCUCCCAAGUGUGGUCCCAUCUGAUGGGAAAUUACACAUUAGUGACUGAUGAGUUGAUUGGUGUUGAAUCUCAGGUAAGGGAAGUGAUUGAUUUACUGGACUUGGACUCUAAGGGUCUGAAAAUUGUUGGGAUUCACGGGAUGGGUGGUAUUGGCAAGACCGCCAUAAGCAAAGCUGUCUUCAACGAGGUAUCUUCACGGUUUGAACGUUCUUGCUUUUUGGAAGAUAUCCGACAAACAUUGUUGGAGAAUGAUGGUGUUGUUACUUUGCAAAACAAGAUCAUUUCUAGUAUUAUGAGGCAUGAUAGUCAUGUUAAAGAUACUAGCGAAGGGAUCCACAUAAUUAGAGAUAAAGUUUGCAAGUACAAGGUUUUCAUUGUUCUAGAUGAUAUAGAUGGGAGGUUUGAGUUCGAAAAAAUCUUUGGAAAAUUACGAGAUUUCUCCACGGAAAGUCGAUUUAUCAUGACGACAAGAGACAAAAGGGUUUUAGAGUUCUUUGAAGAAUGUAGGUUAUUUGAAGCUAAAGAAAUGAGUUACACCAACUCUUUUCAACUUUUUCGAAGACAUGCGUUUCGGACGGAUGAUCCUCAAGAAGAAAAAGCAGCUCUUGGCAGGGAAUUUGUAAAAGUUGCUGCAGGACUUCUUUUAGCUAUAAAGGUUGUAGGAUCACUUUUGUUUCGUAAAGAGAAAAAAGUUUGGGAAGAAAAGUUGGAGGAAUUAAGGGAAGGACCUAGCACGGGUGUGUAUGAAAUUUUGAAAAUAAGUUAUAAUGAUUUAAGCCCCACAGAAAAGGAAAUCUUUUUAGAUAUUGCUUGUUUUUUUAUUGGAGAAACCAAAACAUCACCAUUUUAUAUGUGGAGUGAUUGUAAGUUUUAUCCAGAAAGUGGUGUUAGCAAUCUUAUUCUUAAAUCCUUGAUAAAAGUUGACAAGAGAAAUCGGUUCUGGAUGCAUGACCACAUCAGAGACCUUGGUCGAGCUAUUGUUCGUGAAGAAAAUAGUCAACAACCAUGGACACGCAGUAGGAUAUGGUCCAACGAGGAUGCAUUGAAUAUGUUAGAAAAUGGACAGGGAAAUGACAAGGUGGAAGUUCUUAGAAUCAACACGAUAGAUCGAGAUUAUCUGAAGUUGACAGAACAAGAAUUCAGGAAUUUAUCCGGGAUAAGGUUUCUUCAAGUGACGAAUGAGAGAAUGACUGGAGAUUUCAGUAACAUACUUCCAAAUGUACGAUGGCUUAAAUUGGAUCGUUGUGGUUCAAUACCAUAUGAUAUUAACGUGAAGAAAGUGGUAAUUCUUGAUAUAGUUCGAUCCUGCAUAAGAGAUGAUUGGAGAGGCUGGAAAAGAGUCAAGGAGGAGGGUAAGAAGCUGAAGGUCGUAAAUCUAUGGUGGUGCAAUGAAUUGGUGAAAGCUCCCGACUUGUCCUCCUGUGGCAAACUAGAGGUAAUAAAAUUUGAGCACUGUGCUGAGAUGAGAGGGGAAAUGCACAUUGGUAGUUUCAAUAAUUUAGUAGUGCUGAGGCUCUUGGGUAGCAAGAUAACAAAGUUGAAAGGUGACAUUGGGAUGCUUAAAGAUCUGAAAGAGAUUGAUGCUUCCAAUUUGAAAGAAGUGCCAGCCGGUAUUGGUAAUCUAGGCUCUCUGGAAAUCUUGAGUUUGAGGUCAUCAUCUCCUGUGGAUGUACCCGCACUCCCAACAAGCUUAAAGAAACUGAAACAUUCAUCCCCCAAGGUUCCAAAUCUGUUGGAGCUCAAGGAGUUGGAGGAGCUAUGCUUUCAGUAUUGUUUGGCUGAAAUUCCUGGAGAUAUAUGGCUGCACCUAACCAAGUUGAAGAGCUUGAUGAUAAACUAUUCCCAUAUCAAAAGUCUACUGCUGCAGGUGGAGUCAGCUGCAGAGGGUAGUAGCACUAGUAGUGAUGGGAUCAUGGGAGACUCAGUUGCUCAGCUCCCAUCCUCUCUUAGCAGCCUUGUUGUGCUUGCUUGUUCGAAAUUGGAGACGCUACCGAAUCUUGCAAAUCUGAGUAAUUUGACCGAGCUAAGACUUCAGUGUUUUCUGGUAGACGAGAUACGAGGCCUUGGACAGCUGAGAAAUUUGAAAGAAUUUGCAAUACUUGAUGCCCGAUACCUGAAAAGUCUCGACGGUCUACAGAAUUUGGUGCUCCUGCAACGGCUUACUGUGAGCAAUUGUGAUGCUCUGGAUAAACUGCCCAGUCUCUGCAACUUGACCAAGUUAGACGCAUUAGCGGUUCUUGAUUGCCGGGUCCUGUUUGAAAUCCAAGGUUUGGAUGCAUCAAUGGGAGAGUCUUCCUUAACAGAUCUGGAAAUAAGGAGUUGUCCCAAGUUAGUUAAUGUUGAAGGCCUUCUUCAAUCUCUGCAAGCACUGACAACUUUGAAAUUGAGAGACUUUGCAUCACCAGAUACAGGACUACUACGUAUUUCUUCUUUCAGCAACCUCAAGGAGUUAACUGUUAUGGAAUCUCCUCCAGUUGGUCCUUUACAUACUGCAUCUGUGCCACGAAUCCGAAUCCUAGAUCUCUCUGGUCUUGGUAAUCUAAAAGUCAUAAAGAUUUGUUUUUGCCAGCAAUUGACCGAGAUUAUGGGGUUUAACACACUGCAGUCGUUAGAAGAGCUAAAUAUUUUAAGUUGCCCCUCCAUUCAGAAGCUGCCGAAUCUAUAUGCCCUCCAGAAUUUGAAGAAAUUAACAAUUCGGGAUGCCACACAGUUGAUCGAGCUUGAAGAGCUCAACGGGUUGGAAUCGCUAGAAGAGCUAACAAUGUACAGUUGGACAACGAUAAAGAAGUUGACAAAUCUGUCUAAUCUCAAAAGAUUGGAUAUUAGCAACUGCACAUCGUUCAAGAUGACAGAGGACUGUGGUUUGAAUUCAUUGCAAGUGCUCAAACUAUCCCAGUGCCCAUCAAUUCUCGAGUUACCAAAUCUGCUUGAUCUCACGAAUUUGAUAGAUUUGACAAUUAGACGAUGCACAGAACUGACAGAAAUCACGGGGCUAGAAAGACUGGAGUCAUUGGUAUCACUAAAGUUGAUUGAUUGUGCAUCAAUUGUGAGGUUGCCUGAUCUGUCAGAACUGAAGCAUCUGAAAGCGUUAGACAUCAGCGGGUGCACACAAUUGGCGGAGAUAAUGGGGUUAGAGAGUUUGGAAUUGUUACUAGAGAUGUCGAGGUGCAAGUCAAUUAACAAGUUGCCUGAUCUAUCUCGUCUUGAGCAUGAGGAUAUUGAAUAUUACGGAAUGCACAGAGCUGACAGAGGUCAUGGGAGUUGAGAGAUUGGAAUCGCUGGAAGUACUAUUGAUGUCAGGGUGCAAGUCAAUCAAGGAGCUGCCGGAUAUAUCUUGUCUAAAGAAUCUGAAGAAGUUGGAUGUAAGGGAAUGCAGCCAGUUGACCAGAGUCACUGGCCUCCACAAUUUAAAAUCUUUGCAAGUGCUUGGGCUGCAAGAUUCCACGUCGGCGUCGGGGUCCAUGGAUCCAUUUGCCUCACUCUGACAAGUUCAGACUGAGAAUCGUUGGAAGUCCUAUUGAUUUGGCUCUUGACAUUUGGAAAUCAAUAGCCAAAUUAUAUGCUUGCCAAACAAACCCCUUAAGUAAUAACUGUCAACCUACAGGGGUGUAAGCUUGACUGUAUAAGCCCACUGGUCUGCUUUCCUUCAAUUUCUAGUUGGUGUAUGCUUAAGCAAUCUGUAGUAUGAUUUGAAGUUGCCAUUACCCAUUAGCAAGCAAUAGCCUUUCAUGCAAGAAAAAUGUACAUAUUCGAUAUGACGAUAUCAAGCAAAUCCAAUUGGAACCAGACAAAGAAAAAAGAUGAUAUUAUUGGGCUAUUAAAGGAUACAAAGAGCAAUACAUCAGACCAUCUGGUCGACUUCACAUUCUGAACUAAAGAUUUCGGAACAAAAUACUAAUUCCAGUAACAAAAUAGCACAAUGUAUCUGUCCCCCAAGCACACUAGAGGCAUCAGCAACAAGAAAUAUAUAGAGUUCCUCCACCAAAAUAACCUCUGGGUUCUGGAGUUUCGAGUAGUAAUAAUAAUGAUACGAAAGC